UAAUGAGCCGCCCUCUCCGCCAAUCGUGUGGCUGCUGUCGCUGUUUUCCUGCAGCUUCAGCCAGAGAGGGAGCCGCGGUGUGCGGAGCCGCAGCCCGCCGCUUCAGUCUUUGUGUGCUCCGUCCAGAGAGCUGCAGUCUCCCGGAGCAGACCCAGUGUCCAGCCCCUCAACAAUGCGCUGUUUUUCUACUUUUCUACCGCUGGAUAUCCAGUUUGUACAGCCUAUGGCUCUCCGGAGCGGGUUUUAAUGGACGGGGUAGCAUGAAUUCCCAAUGUUACACAGUGGCCAUGGACCUUGGCGUUUGUCAACUGAGGAAUUUAUCGAUAUCGUUUCUGUCUUCUGUGCUUGGGAAGGAGAGCACAUCAGUCAGGCUUGACAAUAGCUCCUCGGGUGCAAGUGUGGUGGCCAUCGACAACAAGAUUGAACAGGCGAUGGACUUGGUGAAGAGCCACCUGAUGUACGCCGUGCGUGAGGAGGUGGAGGUGCUGAAGGAGCAGAUCAAAGAGCUGAUCGAGCGCAACACUCAACUGGAGCAAGAGAACAACCUGCUCAAGACCCUGGCCAGCCCCGAGCAGAUGGCCCAGUUCCAAGCACAGGUGCAGACCAGCAGCUCCCCGCCCAGCACCGCCCAGCCUCCUGUCCCUGUCCCAGCAACAUCGACACAGGUCCUCCCCUCCACACAAAACUCCAGCUCAUCUGCUUAACACAGAAAUGGCAGCGUGCCCCCUGAAGAUGAGAGAUUGCCAUACUGUGAACUGGUUCAUCAAGACCGACUAUGCCACACACUUCAGCUUAACCAGAGGAUGACAAACUACAUUUUUGUUGCACAUUUUAUUUAACUAAGACUUUAGAGAUACACCUGUGUGUGUGUGUGUGUGUGUGUGUGUGUCUGCUUUGUCUGCCAUUUUAUUUGCCUGCUUCACACAAUCACCGUUGUCGUGCUGGUCGUGGUGAUGGUGAGAGGAAGAACAGAGCUGACAGGAAAUCACACUCAACCCUCAACAGUUGCUGCCAUCAUUCAGGUCCACCUGGUGAAGGAGGAGCUAACACAGGGCCCAGCCAAUCAGGGGAGUGCGCUGAAUGCCCUUGUUAGUGUCGUCGAAACCCUCACAGUGUGACCUGUGGAAAGUGUGCCAUUGCCUCAUCCCACUUCAACCCAUCUGUACACAGGUUUUACUUGGUAUGUUCUACUUUUUGGUUUCCUUUUUCAGACGAUACUGACAGUGGACAAACUUUAAGGCUUUAUACAACCCAUCUGGAAUGAGAAACAAUCCAGCUCCGUCCUCACAGCAUGUGAAGAUGACAUCAGUCUUCUGGGUUGAGAGGGGUUAUAAAUGUAUGGAAAUGGAUAUUAGCUAUGCCUCGUUGUUCAAUGUGAGAAGUUGUUCAUGUUGCCAUUUCCACCCUGAGCGCACACUCGCCCCUUCUUGGAUGGAGCAUUAAACAUUUAUGCAGGGAAUCAAUGUUUUUUAGUGAGGGCUGGGAAAGAUGUUGAUGUAAUUAUUGUCAUAGUGGUCUGUAAAAAUAAAUAAGAGGCAAAUAAAUAGGACACGACUGUUUCUAAGUAGUGAACUUUGUACAGACAAAGUUUCCAAUUAAACUCUGCCAAGUGCCUGGUCUCUAACCAUAGAUACAUAUAUACAACAGUUUUUAGUUGUUUUAAUCAUGUAUUUGUGUGUGUAUGUAUGUAUGUAUGUGUGUGUGUGUGUAUAUAUAUAUAUAUGGUUUGCCAGGUAUUAACUACCUGUGGUGUCAUUACUCAGGUUGAGACCAGAUUAGGAUUAUUGACCUCCACACUUAGAUGCUGUCUCUCCUGCAGUGACUCACGGUCUCACACUGUACAUGCACUCUCCUCCGCCCUCACUUCAGACUAACUCGCUCAAAUCUGUUUUAGCAUUUGGGGACAUGUGUAGUUUAUUUUUUAUCAAUGACUAUUGUUUUUCUUUCUUUUUUUGUACCGCCAAGUGUUUUGAGUUGCUCAUAGUGGAACUGGAGCACUGAAUACGAUAAUGAAUCUCUUGGUUUUUAAAAGCAGGGAAAAUGCCUAGCAGACGUAUGUCAGUGUUUUGUGCAUGUUCCUCAGCUCAUCACAAAUGUGACGUUACAUUUGCACUAGACAGUUGCACCUCCAAUAAAAGUGAAAAAAGCAA